AUGACCGUUUUGGUCAGCCAGGUUAACCGCCUGAGGAAGAUGAAACGACCUGUGGUCGGCGUCGGGUGCGCUUCCACCGGAGACACCUCCGCUGCUCUCUCCGCUUACUGCGCCUCCGCCGGAAUCCCAUCGAUCGUCUUCCUACCUGCGAACAAGAUCUCAAUGGCGCAGCUGGUCCAGCCGAUUGCCAACGGUGCGUUUGUUCUGAGCAUUGACACUGAUUUCGAUGGUUGCAUGAAGCUGAUUAGAGAGAUAACAUCGGAAUUGCCGAUUUACUUGGCCAAUUCGUUGAAUAGCUUGAGGUUAGAAGGGCAGAAAACUGCAGCCAUAGAGAUCCUGCAGCAGUUUGAUUGGCAGGUUCCGGAUUGGGUGAUUGUUCCUGGAGGCAAUCUCGGGAACAUCUACGCCUUUUACAAAGGAUUCAAGAUGUGCCAAGAGCUGGGACUCGUGGAUAGGAUCCCGAGGCUGGUCUGUGCGCAAGCGGCCAAUGCUAAUCCUCUUUACUUGCACUACAAGUCUGGCUGGAAGGACUUCAAGCCAAUGACUGCGAGCACCACAUUCGCCUCUGCGAUUCAGAUCGGUGACCCAGUCUCCAUCGAUAGAGCUGUGUACGCGCUCAAGAAGUGCAACGGCAUUGUGGAAGAAGCUUCGGAGGAGGAGCUGAUGGACGCGAUGGCGCAAGCGGAUUCGACGGGAAUGUUUAUCUGUCCACAUACAGGUGUUGCGCUGACCGCUCUGUUCAAGCUGAGGAACCAAGGAGUGAUUGCGCCGACUGAUCGUACCGUGGUUGUGAGUACUGCUCAUGGGUUGAAGUUUACUCAGUCUAAGAUUGAUUAUCACUCGAAAGCCAUCCCUGACAUGGCUUGCAGAUUCUCCAAUCCUCCUGUGGAAGUGAAGGCGGAUUUCGGAGCUGUCAUGGAUGUGCUCAAGAGUUACUUAGGAAGUAAGUCACUGAGGUCAUAA